AUGGCCGCCGCCGCCGCCGCAGACGCGCCCGCCGAGGCCGCCGCCAUCGCGCGGCGCCUGGCCUCCUGCAACACCGGCACCCGGGAGCGCGCGGUCCGCUACCUCCUCUCCGACUUCCUGCCCGCCUCCGCGGCGCGCCUCUCCGCCACCGACCUCCUCAAGCUCUGGAAGGGCCUCUUCUUUUGCUUCUGGCACGCGGACAAGCCGCUGUACCAGAGCUCCGUCGCCACGCGCCUCGCGUCCGCGGUCUCCGCCCCGCCGUCCCCCGCCGACGGCGCCGCCUUCCUCGCCGCCUACCUCACCACGCUCCGCCGCGAGUGGGCCCACAUCGACGUCCACCGCCUCGACAAGUUCUACCUGCUCAACCGCCGGUUCCUCCACCGCGCCUUCCUUCUCCUCAGCGCCAAUUCCUUCGCCCCCGACAUCACCUCCCAGGUCGUGUCCGUGCUGUCGAAUAAGGCCCUGCUCCCGGAAGCCGAUAACGUCGCCGCAGGCACCUCCCGGGGCCUCGGGUACCAUGUCGCCGAGGCGUUCCUUGACGAGCUCUUGCCCGUGCUCCCUGUCAGCCUGGAGACAAUGGACGCCCUGCUGGCUCCGUUCUUCACUGUACUGGAGAAGUCGACUGAUAGGGUGAUGGUGAGUAAGGUGAAGGCAGGCGUGUUUGAGAGGUUACUGGAGAGUGGCAGUCAGUUGCUUGAGACGGUGAAGAAAGGGGACGAGAUGGAGAAGGGUAGUGCUGAGGAGAAGCUCGGGAAAAUUGGAUUGCUGUUUGGAUUCAGCAAGAGGUUCCUGGAUAUUGGUGCAAAGGCAGAGACGGUGCAAUCGAACCGGAAGGUGGUCUUUGGGUUGAGGGAUGCAUUUGUGAAGAUCGAGAAGGGUUUGCAGCUAUCUGGUCUUGAGAUCACUGUGCCUAAGUUUGAGGCUACUGAGGUGCCAGUGCCGCCAAAUGCAGGCGAGGAAAAGGCACAAAAGAAGAAGAAAAAGGCCAAGAAGGCUGCAUUGGCUGAAGGUGAGAUGGAGGAGGCCAAGGAUUUGAAGCGUGAGAAGAAGGGCAAGAAGGACAAGAAGGAGAAGAAAGAGAAGAAGAAAAAGAGGAAGGUGGAGGUUGUUGAUGAAGGGAACACCACUGAGAAGAGUACCGGUGCUCCUGUAGAUGACCAACAGAUGGGUGAUGGUACUGAUGGCAUUACAUUUGAUGAGACAUUAAAGUCCAAUCUUCAGAAGCAGUUUGAGAUGGCUGCAGCAGAAGCUGGUAUGCCCAAAGGGGGCAGCAGCUCAGGCGCUUCACCAGUGACACCAGCUAGUGGGAAAGUGGCAAGAAAGAGGAAGCGUUCAAAAUCUGCUGAUAAGCUGUCUGAAGCUUCUUAUGGGGAUGAUGGCAGCAAAGGUAAUCUUCUUGCCCGGGAUGGAGAGAAGAGUGGUAAGAGGGUGAGGUUCUCGAUGAAGAAUAAUUUAGUUUGGAAACCUCACAAUCCUUUGCCACCGCAGUGUUUGAGGCUGCCACCUUCGGCUACUCCAAGGGGAAGCGCACUAAAAAAGGGCGUUCAGCCAGGGCCCAUAGCACCGACGCCAUUGAAGAAGGCUAAGCCAAAGGCAAAUUCUGCAAAGAAGGUCUUGAAGAAGCAACCUUCAUCUGCUGUGAAGCGUUUGCGGAAGUUGCAGAGUUUCUCAGCAUGA